CGACUGGCCAAUGGAUCAUCUAUUAUGCAAUAUGGCGGGCAACAGUCGCAACUCGUCCUACAAUUGUCUAUCAUCAUGGGACUCCUACGAUCGUAUACCCAGAGUGCGUGUGGAGUACUAUGUGAAUGAAAAUACAUUCAAAGAAAGACUGCAACUCUAUUUCAUUAAGAAUCAGCGUUCAAGCUUACGCAUACGAAUUGCCGAUUUAUUCCUUAAGUUACUGUCGUGUGUUCUCUACAUAAUACGUGUGAUAUUGGAUAAAAAUCCAACAUUUAUAACAUGCUAUGGCUGCGAAGUGGCCAAUAAGACAGAGUUUAUCAUCUCUGCCAAGCUGACGGAGGAGGAGUUCCAGGAGAAUCCAAUUAUUAACUGGGAUGCAAUACUCUGGGUGAAUCGUCCCACGGUGCUCUGGGUGCUACAAUUACUUCUGGCCAUGGUCUCGUUAACUCAAUCUUUGGUUCUUACAUAUCUAGGCUAUAAGGGCAACAUAUGGCAGCAAAUACUCUCAUUUCACUUUAUACUAGAAUUAGUAACGACAAUACCCUUUGCACUAACGAUUGUGCAUCCACCGCUGCGCAAUCUUUUCAUACCAAUUUUUCUAAAUUGCUGGCUGGCCAAGCGCUCGCUGGAGAACAUGUUUAACGAUUUGCAUCGCGCCAUGCAAAAAUCACAAUCGGCUUUGUCGCAGCAGUUGACCAUUUUGUCGGCCACAUUGCUGUGCUUGGUCUUCACCAGUGUUUGUGGCAUACAGCACUUUCAGCGCGCCGGGCAUCGCCAUUUGAAUCUAUUCCAGAGCACCUACUAUGUGGUUGUGACCUUCUCCACGGUUGGCUACGGUGAUUUUGUGCCGGACAUUUGGCCAUCACAGCUGUAUAUGGUCAUCAUGAUUUGUGUGGCGCUGAUUGUGCUGCCCACGCAGUUUGAGCAGCUGGCUUUCACUUGGAUGGAGCGCCAGAAAUUGGGCGGCAGCUACUCAUCGCAUCGGGCUCAGAGCGAGAAGCAUGUAGUUGUAUGCUCGACUACGCUGCACGCGGAUACGAUAAUGGACUUUCUGAACGAGUUCUAUGCGCAUCCCCUGCUGCAGGACUUCUAUGUGGUGCUGCUCAGUCCCAUGGAGCUGGACACAACGAUGCGAAUGAUAUUGCAAGUGCCCAUUUGGGCGCAGCGCGUCAUCUACAUACAGGGCUCCUGCUUGAAGGAUGGCGAUUUGGCGCGAGCGCGCAUGAACGAGGCGGAGGCGUGUUUCAUAUUGGCAGCUCGCAACUAUGCGGAUAAAACGGCUGCCGACGAGCACACCAUCCUGCGCUCCUGGGCCGUCAAGGACUUUGCGCCGAAUGUGCCGCAAUAUGUGCAGAUAUUCAGACCGGAGCACAAGCUGCAUGUGAAGUUCGCCGAGCACGUGGUCUGCGAGGAUGAGUUCAAGUACGCGCUGCUGGCCAACAAUUGCACCUGCCCAGGCGCCAGCACACUGGUCACCCUGCUGUUGCACACAUCACGCGGACAGGAAGGCCAACAGUCGCCGGAGGAAUGGCAUCGUCUCUAUGGCAAAUGCUCGGGCAAUGAAAUUUAUCAUAUUGUUCUCGGCGACAGUCGCUUCUUUGGAGAGUACGAGGGCAAAAGUUUUACCUAUGCCAGCUUUCAUUCGCAUCGCAAGUACGGUGUUGCUUUGGUGGGCGUGCGUCCGGCCGAGCUGCCCGAAUUCUAUGAGGAUACCAUACUGCUAAAUCCAGGACCCAGGCACAUUAUGAAAAAGGAUGACACGUGCUAUUAUAUGAGCAUUACCAAGGAGGAGAAUUCGGCAUUUGUCGUUAAUCAAAAUCAAACUACGGACACAACAACGGCAGCCAGCAAAGAUGGUGGUGCCGCCGGAAGUGGUGCUGGCACCACCCAUUCGCAUACAGCAACUGCCAAUACAACAACAUCAACAACAAUACAAUCAACAACUAAAACAACAACAACAAGAACAACAGCUACAACAAUUAGCACGACUUUCACAUCAUCAACAUUAUUAUCAGCAUCAGCAUCAACAACAACAACAGCAACCGCUUUGAAUCAAGCGGCGAUUGCACCAGUGCCGUCUGUUUGUGUUCGUGUGCCCCACAGUCCCACAUACGACUCUGGCGCCGGCACGCCCAUAACCGAGCGGCAUCACUUGCAACCGUAUCCGUAUCCGCCACCGUCACCGUCACCGUCACCGUUAUCGUUACCGUUACCGCCACCGUAUCCGUAUCCGCAAAUGCAACAACAAACAUGUGACAGUGAUUAUACAACACUAUUUGUGCCCUGCGACAACCCAACGGCUGUGAUAAUAUCGGACUCGAGGCAAAAUCUAAAGGACACAACUGUCAGCACAACCCAAAUGCCGACGGCGGCAACAACAACGACCACAAUAACAACAACAACGCUGCCGCUGACAAUGGGCGGGUCGGCAGCUGGCAGCAGUGGGGCAGGCGCUCAGCCGGGCUCCAGCGGCAGCGGGGGCCUCGGCGUGGGUCUCAACAUGGGCACCUCGCUGAGCAUAACACCUGCCACGCUGACCACCACGGGCAAUCAUCUGGACGUGCCCUAUGCCAACAAUCCCAAUCUGCUCAGUCCCGAUGUGCUCAAUCAGCGUAGAGGCAGUCGCAGACCCUCCAUAUUGCCUGUGCCGGAUAUGUUCACCUCCUCCUCGUUUAGCAUAGCCGGCAACGAUGAUGGCGAGGAGGGCGACGAGAGCGACGACGAGAUUGACGAUGAAAUGCCCUGGCGUUCGCCCUCUGAGAAAAUUGCCAUUGUCAAGGGUUUUCCGCCAGUUUCACCUUUCAUUGGUGUCAGUCCGACGCUUUGCUACCUGCUCAAAGAGAAGAAGCCGCUCUGCUGCCUCCAGCUGGCCCAGGUCUGUGAGCACUGCAGCUAUCGCAAUGCCAAGGAGUAUCAGUGGCAGAACAAGACCAUCAUUCUGGCCGCGGACUAUGCCUCGAAUGGCAUCUAUAACUUCAUCAUACCGCUGCGUGCUCAUUUCCGGUCCAAGACCUCGCUGAAUCCCAUUAUUUUGCUGCUGGAGCGUCGACCAGAUGUCGCUUUUCUCGAUGCGCUCUCCUACUUUCCACUGGUAUAUUGGAUGCUCGGUUCCAUUGACUGUCUGGAUGAUCUGCUGCGUGCUGGCAUUACGCUCGCCGAGAGUGUUGUUGUGGUCAACAAGGAGCUAUCCAAUUCAGCCGAGGAGGAUUCACUCUCCGACUGCAACACAAUUGUCGCUGUGCAGAAUAUGUUCAAAUUCUUUCCGAGCAUCAAGAGCAUCACCGAGUUGUCGCAGAGUUCGAAUAUGCGCUUCAUGCAGUUCCGGGCACACGACAAAUACGCCCUGCAUCUGAGCAAAAUGGAAAAGCGCGAGAAGGAGCGCGGUUCGCACAUCUCCUACAUGUUUCGGCUGCCCUUUGCCGCUGGCGCCGUCUUCAGUGCCUCCAUGCUGGACACGCUGCUCUACCAGGCCUUUGUCAAGGAUUAUGUGAUUACCUUUGUGCGCCUGCUGCUGGGCAUAGAUCAGGCGCCUGGCAGCGGUUUUCUCACCUCGAUGCGCAUUACCAAGGAUGAUAUGUGGAUACGCACGUAUGGGCGCUUGUAUCAGAAACUCUGCUCGACCACCUGCGAAAUACCGAUUGGUAUUUAUCGCACACAGGAUACCUCAAAUGCGGAUACUUCACAUGUGAGUAACUCGCCGGUCGAAAGAUGGGGACCCUUCUCCGCCUUCAGCAGGCAUUGUGUGCGCUUGCGUCCAUCGUAUGAUGAGGAAACCGGCACGCCCGAUUCCACCAAGGAUAGCACGGAAAUGCUGCGAGGUGUUACCUAUCGUCCGCCCUCAUCUGGCGGUGGCGUCGGUGGUGGUCCAGCUGCUGGUCCAGCUGGUGCUGGUGGUGCUGGUGGUGGCUCGGCCAGUUACCGUCCGCGCCAGAAGUCGGUCAACUGUCUGGGCGGCUGUUCGGAGCGUAAGGGAUCAUCCUACUCCAUUAAUUUGGCGGACGAGGCGCGCGAUAAUCACGCCCAGCAGAUCGAAAGAGCCGAAAUUGCCAAUCUGGUGCGCAGUCGCAUGGAAUCACUGAAUCUACCGACCAUUGACUAUGAUGAUGUCAGCGAGAAGCGCAACCAUCUGUCCUAUGUGAUAAUCAAUCCAAGCUGUGAUCUUAAGCUGGAGGAGGGCGAUCUGAUCUAUUUGGUGCGCCCGUCGCCGUUUUCGGCGCAAAAGACAUUCGAGCGACAUAAUUCGCGCCGCAAAUCGAACAUUUCGUUCUGUUCGAAUAUCAAUUUGGGCGCCACAUGCGGCCAACAAAUGCCAAAUAUGCCCAACACCGCCGUCGGAGCUGGUUCGCGCCGCGGCUCCGGCAUCGCCGGUUUGAACCCCAUGCAAAUGCAGAGCGUUCAGACAUUGGCCGGGUAUGGAUCCUCGCAGCGCUGUACGCCCCCGAUGCAGCAAAUUAAAUCGAAUUCUCUUUCUCUACCCGACAGUCCGACGGUGGUUGGCUCACAGCGCGGCAGGAGUAACUCAUUGCGGAUCGAUAAUGACAUACUGCUGCGUCGCUCCUCGUCGCUGCGCCAGGGCUUGCCCAGCGUGGGCGUCAGCCAUGGCCGGCGCAAGUCGUCGCUGGAGGAGAUCGGCAUCAGCCAUUUCACGACGCUGAUGCAGGCAACGAAUCACAGCAAUCCCAUCAAGAUAUCGCUCAACGGCAGCAUCGGCAUGGAGAAUCAGAUCUCGUUGCAGGUGACGCCGCCGGAGGAGCCGACACCCAUGUUGGGCGUGCCCUGCGUUUUGGGCGGCGGCGGCGUGGGUGGCAUUAAUCCCUCAGCGCUUGGGGGCAGCGCUGGCGGCGGCGGCAGCGGCGGCAUGCUGGGCGCCAGCUCAUCGCUGGCCAUAAAUACGGCAGAUCUGGGACCCGGACCGAGCACCUCAUCGGGCGCCUCGCUGCAGGCGCAGGACUCGCUGCCGCAGUCGUCGCAGGCGCCGUCGCCGCAGCAUCUGCAGGGCACGAUUGUAUGAUACAACCUGAUGUGGGGUCGUCGACUCCGCUCCUCGAUGUCCAAGAACAAAUGGAUAUAGAAUACGGCCAGCACACACAGACGUAGAGAUAAGUUCUAGCGGCAGCAGCUUAUCAAGUCAAGCUGCUAACCCAAAACCAAAUCCAAAACUAUUUACAUAAACGAAUUAGAGAUGAUUGCGUGCCGAUAUUUCGUGACACGACGGCACAUGAACACGCAUCGAUAUUAUUUUUCAAACGCACGCGAUUCCCUGACUUGGGCUUCAUUUGCGUGGCGUUACAAAGGCGUAGGGCGUGGCCACGCUGCAGCUGGCGGAGGCGCUGGUGCACUUGCAGCUCUUGCCGGAGGGCGCCUUCCGGUUGACCAGGCAGAGCCGGGCAUCGGUGCAGCCGCCGUUAUUGAUCUGGCACUGGCUCUGGUACUGCGGGCAGUUCUGCUCGACGGCGGUCAUGCCGUACAUCUUGUGGCUGCCAAAGAAGGGCGUCUGUAUGGGCUUCUGGCGUACGCCCGCGCUGUCCACGCUCUCCAGUUUCUUGCUGUAGGGGCGAGGAGAGGUAUUUAAAGAGUUGCAGCUUAUAGAGUGGAUGGCACCUACGUUGUCCAGUCGGUCCAGUAGAAUUGAUCCUGCGUAAAGGUCAGCCCGAAGGGAUAGGACAGUUCCUGGGAUAUGGUGCGUAUCUGUCGGCUCUGUGCACUGAUGCACUCCACCUUCUUGGUGCCCGCGUCCGCAUAACACAGUUCUCCGCUGUGCUCGAGCACCACCAACGAGUUGGGCAGCUUGACGGCAUCGGCGCCCAGCAAGAGCUCCCGGCCAGUGCCAUCCAGAUCGGAGUACUCUAUCUUUGGGUUCGAGCGAUCCCAGUCGGACCAGUAGAGUUUCCUAAAAAAGCGAGUCAACGUUUUAAAGCACAACUCAACACAAGGUUUCACUUGCUGCACUCACUCUCUGUAGGGAUCCACGGCAAUGCCACGUGGAUUCACCAGCUGCUUGUUAAUGAUGACAGCGCGCAACGUAGGAUCAUCCAGGCUGGCCACCUCAAUGGUGUCCUUCACCGAGUCCGUCCAGUAGAGCCGGCGCGAGAUGACAUCAAUGGCAAUGCCCUCGGGUGAUUCAAUGUCUGCAAUGGAUGGCAUUAUCAGCGCCAGCUUAUGAGCUCAAAGAUCCUCCGGUUUUUACCUGUGCUGAUGAAGAUGCGCUCAUCGGUGCCGUCGUAUUUGGCGCUGAUGAUCUUCUUGGCCGAAAUGUCGCCCCAGUAGACGCGUCCCUCCACGCAGUCCUUGUCCAGGCCAAUGGCCAUCGAGGCCACCUUGAUGGGCUGCACAUCGCGUCCAUUCAGAGGCACACGCACUAUGACCACGCCCUGGCUGACAAUCAGGAAAUUGGAGUCGUGUUGUUGACGCUCAAAGCAAACGGAGCCAUUGCCAUAGAAACCUUGCAAUGUACAAUGGAUGAUUAGAUGGAAUUCGAGGAUAAUACAAACAGAAACUAUGCUAAGAAAUUUGAAGGUGAUUCUCUUAUUUCUAAUUUCAUAAUUUUAAUAUUUAAAUAAUCGAUUAAUUGAAAAUUUUUAUUAAUUUUGUUUUAUUGAUCAUUUUAUUUUGAAGAAAUAAUUAAUUAAUAAGUGAGAUAACAAAUUAA